AUGGAGUUAACCGGGAGAUAUUGGACAUUGGAUAUUAGCGCACGUUACAUUAGUAAUAGUAACCCUCACUUGUCGUUGUCCGGAAGACGGUGUGUUCCUACUUCUUACUCAUUAUCAUCCUAUGUACUCCCAAUUUGGAUGGCAGAUAGAUUAACUGAAUUACAAGACGCAAUCAAUUUACAGGCAGAAAAUCUGUGUAACGCAAUCGGUGUAAUACAACAAGUUGCUCAGCCUAGCUUUUUCGCUGACUUCAAUUGGGCUUCAAGAUCUGCUAAACCAGAAUAUCAGGCAUUUCUUCAAGCUCAACCAAGUGACGAUAUUGCUCGUAGUUUCGCAGUAGCUAUUUCUGCAACUGCGAAACAGUUGGAUGCAUUGAUUGGAGCUCUGCCUGAAGAAGAAGCUAGUGCAGAGAUUCAACGAGCUACUGUUCACAAACUUUUGGAAGCCUACAGAACUGAAGGUGCUAAGCUUGCACGUAUCACAACUAAAUUGGAAUCACGAUUGGUUGAAGUACGUCGCUGCUUGACAGCUAUUGCUCAAACACAACUCACUUCUCAAUCUUUGGAAUCAGAGGUGUACAGAGAAUUUUAUGGAAACUAA